AUGGCUAAAACAGACACUGAUGAUUUUGUUUACAAUGGAAUUAUGUUUGAAGAGCCUCGUAUCGAUAUUAAUGAUAUUGACAUUGCAAGACUCGGAAUUACCCCAGAUUUUUUAAAAGUAGAUACAACUAUCUUUUAUGGAACUUCUGGUAUGCGCGAUGAAGUUGAGCAAUUGUAUAAUUUGAUUGUUGACAAGAAAGCCGAUAUUGAUCGUAUACUUGAGUCAAAACCUGUGUAUGCCAUAGGACCCAACUUUUACAAGGGCUAUUCUUUUCCUUUUAUUACCUGUUGGGCGACAAGCCAGUUAGAACCAUCAAUUUUAGAACGACUUAUGGCAAUAUUUGACUAUGAAGUUAGGGUUGUAAGCCAAGUGAUUGAACCAGUAGAUGGAAACGGAGCAGCAAAACCCAGUAUUGCGGGUGGAUCUGAAAGGAAUAACAACAAUGGAGAUGAUUUCCAUAGUGGCAAAAGCGAUGACAGAAGUACCAGUUAUGGCAGAAAGGAUGAUGGCUAUAGUGGUGGAAGUGGUAGUAGAGAUGACAAUAAUGACAAGGAUGGCAGUAGUAAUUAUGAUAGUAAAGUUAUAACAAUAAAUUCUGUGGCAAAGGUAACAGCUAAAGGUCAAGAUCAUACCCAAGACCUUUCUGUUGCAUUUAAGUUUCACGCAAAAUUUGACAACAUUCAAGAAAAAUAUCCAAAGUUUGCUGUUAAUGUUGAUAUAUCUCUUAAAAUUAAAUUUAUUCCAAUUGCAAAUGAGCCUGAUAAUCAUUUGCCGCUAAUUCUUCAAGGCAUCUUGUUUCCAGAUGAAAAAGUUGGCUAUAUUGAACAUUUAAAAACUGUUGAAGAACAAGUUUGUUUGAGAUUCGGUAAUGUUCCAACAGCUGAAGUCCAAGUCAAACGAUCCAAUAGUACUAAAGCUAUAUCAAACGAAUGGAAUUUACAAGUAGCAGGAACUUGUGUUGAUGGAUAUAGUUGGUCAUAUAAAUACAAUUCUGAUUUGCCAAAACUUAAGUUUGAGCCUGGACUUCAUAAGGUUGAAGGAAAGAUUGCAAGUGAGAGAAUAUUUACAAAACCAAAGCUGAUUAAAUGUCCCAGUGUAACUCAUACUCUUAAAUUGACUUUCAACGACCUUAAAGAUUUUAACGAGAAAUUCUCAAAACUCACAAAACUUAAUUCUCAUCAAGAUGUGGUUGAAAGUAUUACUUUUACAGUGAAUGAUAUAAACCCAACAAAUAAUACCGCAAAAAUGAAUUCUGACAUUAUCAGUAUUGAAAAUUCGAUCAAGAAAGAAUUUUAA